AUGGAAGAUCCCCCUACAGAGCAGCUCCUGGAAAGGAUCUGGCAGAUCCAAGAGCAGAUGGAAGUCAUGACUUGGAGAGCCUUUGUGAAUAGCAAUAGGAAUAGCAUUUCCACCUUGAUUUUGCCAAGUGAAGGUUUCUCACCUGCAUCUCCCACUUCUUCUUCUGCUCCUCUACCUGGCUCAGGAGAAAACCUUCAGCCAGGGACACCGCCUGGGCGCUGGUCUCUGCUCCACGUUCCCGGACCCAGCUCUCCAUCUCGGGGGGCAGAAGAGCCACCAAGUCGUCCAGGAUCAAGAGGUCCAGCAUCUGCCCCUUUGUCUUCCUUUCGGGCUGAAGCCACUGGCGACAAAGUUGGUAGAGACGGCUACAAAUCUUCCGGGGGUCCUGGUUCCACAAGGAGGCCAGAGCACCCAUCUUUCUUCCAGUGGCUUCCUGCAAGACAUCCUGAAGGUCCUCUGUCGUCCUCCAUUGGGUCCCUUUCAAAGAGGGGGCAUGAAGCUUUACCUGCAACCCAUAGGCCCUCUUUGGCAGGUGAGACUUUAAAUCAGCGGGCACAAUCUUUCCUGGCACAAGAUGAUCCUGAUGAGGGUCUUUUGCGCAGUUCUCUGAGUGGACUUCUUGGGGCCACCUGUGCCCCAGUCCUGACCCCUCCAAAGGGACUUCUGGCAAGGUCCCAUUUGGAGCCUCCUCCUCCUCCAGCGGACCUGCCCAAACAGCUCUCUCCUGAUCAGCAGCCGACCAGCUCCUCUCCUUGCGCACCAGGUGCAGCGCCUUCUCCAGCAACGGGCGCAGCUCGUCCCCUCGGUCGUCCCAGCCUUCCUCUUGCAGGGCCUUGGUCAAAGCUAGCAGUCUCUUCGGCUGGGCGCGCCCUUCCUCCCGAAGCAGCGCUUGGACAGCAUCCCGCGGCCGCUUCUCGAGCAGCGCCUGUAGGGCGAGCUGCAGAGCGACCGCGGCAUCCCCGGGCAGGCCGCUCUCUCCAGCUUUCUCCAGCUUCGCCGUCAGUCCUAGCAGCGCCGCCCGCAGCGCUGCCACGCCGGGCUUCCUCCCUCGCCUCGUAGCCGGGCCCGGGUCUUCGGCCAGCGCUUGGAUGCCGCGCAAGAGCGCCAUCUCCAGUCGUAACAACCCCCGCAGCCGCUCCUGCUCGGCCAAUGACAC